AUUCUCCACAGGCUUUAUAAAGCAUUGACAUCCUUCUUCCUGACGAGAGUUCAGUCCAAAGUUGUAAAACUCAGUAAGUUAUUACAGAAUAAUAACAAUGCGUGUAUCGGUCAUAUGCUCGUGUCUAAUUCUGGUGCCGUUGCUGUGCAACGCGCGGAUCUCCAAGCGCUAUGUGAUCGGCUGUCCGGAGCGCUGCGACAAGAGUCUGUGUCCACCCGUACCGGCCGAAUGUCUGGCCGGAGACAUCCUCGACCAGUGCGACUGCUGCCCGGUGUGCGCGUCCGGCGAGGGCGAGCCCUGCGGCGGCACGGGGAAGCUGGGAGACCCGGAGUGUGGAGAGGGUCUGGAGUGUGCCGUGUCCGACGGGACCGGAGCCACGGCCACCGUGCGGAGGAGAGGAAAGAGCGGCGUGUGCGUGUGCAAGAGCCCGGAGCCCGUGUGCGGCAGUGACGGGGUGUCCUACAGGAACAUCUGCGAGCUCAAGAGAGUCAGUAACCGGGCGCAAAAGCUCCAGCAGCCGCUCAUCAUCUUCAUCCAGAGAGGAGCCUGCGGGAAAGGUCAUGAGGAGAAUCCCAACAGUCUUCGUAAUAGAUAUAACUUCAUCGCUGAUGUUGUGGAGAAGAUCGCUCCAGCCGUGGUUCACAUCGAACUGUUCCGCAAGAUGGUCUUCUCCAAGCGCGAGGUGGCAGUGGCCAGUGGCUCUGGUUUCGUGGUGUCUGAAGAUGGUCUGAUUGUAACCAAUGCUCAUGUGGUGGCCAAUAAACACCGGGUGAAGGUUGAGCUGAAGUCCGGCGCCACCUAUGAUGCCAAGAUCAAAGACGUGGAUGAGAAAGCUGAUAUUGCGCUCAUCAAGAUUGAUGCUCCAAUGAAACUGCCAGUGCUGUUGUUGGGCCGGUCAGCUGAUCUGAGACCAGGCGAGUUUGUGGUGGCCAUCGGCAGUCCGUUCUCUCUGCAGAACACCGUGACCACAGGCAUCGUCAGCACCACCCAGCGAGGGGGCAAAGAACUGGGCCUGCGUAACUCUGACAUGGACUACAUCCAGACUGAUGCAAUCAUCAAUUAUGGUAAUUCAGGAGGGCCCCUGGUGAACCUGGACGGUGAAGUGAUCGGAAUCAACACGCUGAAGGUGACAGCAGGGAUUUCUUUUGCCAUUCCUUCUGACAAGAUCCGACAAUUCCUGGCCGAGUCUCAUGACAGACAAGCUAAAGGAAAAACAUCCACAAAAAAGAAGUACAUUGGUGUGAGGAUGAUGACGCUAACCCCAACACUUGCUAAGGAGCUGCAGGAAAGGCAGAGCGACUUCCCAGACGUCACCUCCGGCGCAUAUGUCAUUGAAGUCAUCCCAAAAACACCUGCUGAAGUUGGCGGUUUGAAGGAGAGUGAUGUCAUAAUCAGCAUUAAUGGUCAGAGGAUCACAUCAGCCAGUGACGUGAGCGCAGCCAUCAAGAGAGACGAGAGUUUGAGAACAGUGGUGCGACGCGGCAAUGAAGACGUCAUCCUCACCAUCAUACCUGAAGAGAUUGACCCUUGACCUCCUUUCACCCUCUUGCUGACCCACGAGCUGGUUCUCAGACUUUAACUGAGUGUGUGUCGGGAGCCACACUCAUACUAGAAUCUGUAGUGAAUACUUUCAUCAAACCUGAAUCGCUACCAUUGUCGGCUGACAACAGGAAAUGCUUUCUUUAAUUACUUUUUCCCCAAACACUUUUACCUUUCCAUUUAUCUAUCAAUGUACAUUGUACCAUGUUUGAAUGAGCACUUUAUAAAUAGAUGUGAAAUUUACAAUUUAGUUCCAGCUAGUUAAUUGAAACACCAAAAUGUGUAUUAUAUUUUCUCAUGUAUACAUCAAGGCAAAUAUUGUCUGUAUUCAGCUUCGACUAUCCAAACUUUUACAUUUACACUCAAAUUUCACAAUUGACAUUUGUUCAAAAAGACUAGAGAAUAAAACACAAAGGUCGGGUUCCGGAAGUAAACAUCCCAUAGAGAGAUUGAUUUCAAUGAUAAUAUAUAAACCUUUUUUAAAGUAUACCUUACAUGAGCUCUGAGAUUAAGAGAUGAUAAGAGAAGAUGUGUCUGUUGAAGCCAAGUCAACUUUACUUUAAAAGAAUCGUGUUUAAUAGUUGCAAAAGUGUUUGAGGUUUUAAAGGAAUAUUCCGGCUUCAGUACGAAGUUAAGAUCAGUCACUAAAAUUUGUGGCAUAAUGUUGAUUACCACAGAAAAUUAUUUCAACAAUUAGAAUAUUAAAAAAAAACCCAAAUGUGUGUUCCAGUGAGACACUUCCAAUGGAAGUCAAUGGGGUUUAAUCUGUAAACAUUAACAUACUGUUUCAAAAGACACAAACAAUAUGUGUGUAAACAUGAUUUUACUGUCAUUAAAUCACUUACUAACCGCAUCAGCGUGAAGAUAUAGCAGAUUCAUAUUGUUUGUGUCUUUUGAAACAGAUUAAACCCCAUUGACUUCCAUUGCAAGUGUCUCACUGGAACACACAUUUGGGCUUUUUUAAAGAAAAGGAGGAACGAGUCCAAAUUAUUUUCUGUGUUAAUAUUAUGACACAAAUGCUGUCCAUUGAACAUAACUUGUACUGAACCCGGAAUAUUCCUUUAAAUAUAUUGUUUUCAAAAUUAUAAUCAGUGGCUAUUAAUCAGUAGUUUUUUUCGUAAUCUGCUAUGCUUAAUGGGAGUGUUUUUCAUUCCAUCAUAAAAGUACAUUUACAGUCUUUUUGUUUUUAAUUUUCACUUUUUAUGGCUUCAGAUCAAAGUUUGUAGUAUUCUGAUUCAUCAUGGAGUUUGUUGGUUUGGUUAAUGCCUUAUAAUCAUUGUUUUUAAAUGCAUUUGUAUAAAAUGAAUGUGAAAAAUACUUCUGGAACAAAGACUGGUGAAAACUGUCCAGUCACUGUUGUGCUCUGUUCUGGGCCAUUAAAGGACAUGGCUCUUGUGUUCUGAAUAUUAUCUCUGACGGCCUUCUUUUCCUUAAAUGUUUGUGUGUGUUGGACGGCAAUUUCAGAAACGGAAUUAAAGAAGGUUACUGUUUUUUAACUGUUUCAGUGUGUGACUUUACAAACAUCAACAUCUCAUAUAUUUCUCAUAUAAUCCUCAACAGGACCAGCACAUUGGUGAGAAAAAACCUACUGGUGAAGGGAUAUGGGGGCAGUGAAUGCCAGAUUUUGUCUAUUAAAUGUGUUUGAAUGUUUAAUUGGGAUUUUAAUGGUGCCGUGUGGAUUUGUUUUUUUUUAGAUCUUUAUGCAUUCUUAUGCAAAUCUGUCAUGUGUAUAACUAAAUGAAUUUCAGUAGUUGAUGCAUAAUGUGUCCAUGGACGUGUUUUUAAAUGAUUUAAACAGCAUUUCAAUCAUCCGAUUAGAUUUUACGGUUAGGGUCUUCAAAAUUCUCUGAUUUAUCAUUCUCCUCACUUUGGAGAACCUCUGAACGAGCCUUUAAUGUAGUCUUAAAUAUACCAUUUAUGUACGUCAAAGAACUGAAAGACUGUUUUAGCACUUAGAAUGUAUGGAAUUAUGUGCAAUUAUGGCUACCUUAUUAUAUGGACCACUAUAUGUUUGUCAACUGAGCCUCGUGUGGUGCAAAUAAUGUAAAAAAAAAAAAAAGGAGUUUGAUAUUUAUGACAGCAUGUAUUGAAAAUGUAAAACAAAAUAGUAACAAUUUCUAUAAAGCCCAUAUUUAUAAUGCACUGUAAAUGAAUUAUAAAUGCAUUAUACUGCAUUCAUAAUGUCUCAUAAUACACUUUAUAUUAAGUUAUAACUUCUCAUAAAUAAUUAUAACUACAGUUAUAAUACAUUAUAAGACUUCCCGUAUUCAUAGUUAUACCAAGCAACAUCCAAUUUUAACGCAGCAGAAGUUAAGACUUUAUGACGUGAUCAUAUUAUAAGUGGUCAUUGUUUACUUUAAAUAAAGUUACAAAAGCAAUAUCUUCUUAUAAACAGCCAUAACAUUGUAACAUACAAUACAUUACAAGUCAAGCUUCUAUAAUGGAAGUUAUUUAUAAAACAAGUCUCCAAAUAAGAUCAAGAUUAUUGAAUACUUCCAGUCUAGAAUCAGUUUGAUUUUGUUUUGUUUUUGUGUGUUAAAAUACAAUAAGACUGGCUCCAUGUGUGAUCAACAUCAAUAUGUUUUUUUUAUGGAAAGUGAGUUUAUGAUAUAUUUGAAAGUGUUCGUAAUAUCUCCAAAUUUACA